AUGAUGUGCGAGGUGAUGCCCACCAUCAGUGAGGACACUGCCCUGAGCCAGCGCGGCUCCCAGAGCAGUUCGUCGGACCCGGACUCUCACUUCGAGCAGCUGAUGGUGAACAUGUUGGACGAACGGGACCGGCUCCUGGACACUCUGCGGGAGACUCAGGAGAGCCUGGGCCUGGCCCAGCAGCACCUGCAGGACGUCAUGUACGACAGGGACUCUCUGCAGCGCCAGCUCAGCUCCGCCCUGCCGCAGGUACCACUGUCUUACAGCUGA